CUUCGCUCUAUACUUAUAUAGAUAGAUUCAUGGGAUCUGCGUAUAUAACGCCACAUCAUUAUCACACGAGCCUCAAGCCAACAAUCAACCGCAGCGAUAACGAUGUCCAGCGUUGAGAUUCAUUCUAUCUCCAGACCCUCUGAAGGUCCUCUAAGUGGUCGACUGAACAAAAUCUCUUGUCAGUUGACUCAAGACAAGGCACGAGGCGGAGCUCAGGCUAUGCUCUACGCGACUGGCUUGACUGAGGAAGACAUGAAUAAGCCUCAGAUUGGUAUCUCUCCGAUCUGGUGGGAGGGUAACCCGUGCAACUAUCACCUCCUUGAUUUAGCCAGAAAGGUCAAGGAAGGAUGUAAGGAAGAGGGUCUUGUCGGCUUGAUUUUCAACACAGUUGGCGUUAGCGACGCGAUAACCAUGGGUACAGAUGGCAUGCGCUACUCUUUACCUAGUCGUGACUUGAUCGCUGAUUCGAUUGAGGCUGUCACUAUGGCUCAAUACUACGACGGCAACAUUGCGAUCCCAGGGUGUGAUAAGAAUAUGCCCGGAGUUGUGAUGGCUGCUGUGCGUCACAACCGACCCACGAUAGCCGUGUAUGGUGGUACCAUUGGAGUGGGGACUCGCCACCUCGAUUGCCCCUCAAUGGGACAUAAGAAGGGCGGCUCUGUGAACAUUUCUGAUGCUUUCGAGUCAUACGGCGCUUAUGCGGUCGGUCUCAUCAAUGAUGAGGAGCGGUCUGACGUGGUGAAACACGCCUGCCCAGGACCCGGUGCGUGUGGAGGAAUGUAUACUGCGAACACGAUGAGUUCCGCCCUCGAAGUUUUGGGGAUGUCGCUGCCAUACUCGUCUAGCACCCCCGCCAUGUAUCCAGAGAAAUUACAAGAAUGUUUCAAGGCUGCGAAGUACCUAAAGCGCCUCCUUGAACUUGAUCUCAAACCAAAAGACAUCCUUACCCGGCAGUCGUUCUUGAAUGCAAUCACCAUCGUCAACAUCCUCGGAGGCUCCACUAAUGCGGUCCUUCACUUGCUUGCCAUGGCUCGAGCUGCCGAUAUACCUCUUACCAUCGACGACUUCCAAGAGAUAUCAGACAGAACGCCGUACAUCGCGGACUUGAAGCCCUCUGGCAAGUACUAUAUGGAAGAUGUGCACAAGAUAGGCGGCAUACCGGCUCUCUUGAAGUAUCUUCUGAAGCACACGAAUCUGAUAGAUGGCAACCAGAUGACAGUCACUGGCAAAACUCUAGCGGAAAAUCUCGAGGACGUGCCCGAACUUGAUUUUGAAAGUCAGGAUGUUAUUAGGAGAAUUGAAGAUCCCAUUAAGACUACUGGCCAUCUGACCAUUUUACGAGGAUCCCUGGCUCCCGGAACUGCCGUUGCCAAACUGACGGGAAAAGAGGGACUGCGCUUCGAGGGCGUUGCUAAAUGUUUCGAAAAAGAAAGCGAUUUCUAUCCCUCACUUGAGAAAGGAGAGAUAAAGCCGGGAAUGGUCCUGAUAUUCAGAUAUCAAGGUCCAAAGGGAGCACCAGGCAUGCCAGAGAUGCUGGGGCCCACAGGGACUCUGAUGGGAGCAGGCCUAGGAGGCUCUACUGCCCUGGUCACGGAUGGCCGUUUCUCGGGAGCCUCUAGAGGAUUUAUAAUUGGUCAUGUCGUGCCUGAAGCAGUACUGGGGGGUCCGAUAGCUCUAAUUAAAGACGGCGAUCGCAUUGUCAUCGAUGGAGCUUCACGCACUAUCGACUGGGUAGUUGAUGAGAGCGAGAAGUUGUCCAGAAGAAAGGAAUGGGAAGCGUCAGGGAAGAAUGCUCUGAAAGUCAAGAGAGGUGUAUUGUAUCGCUAUGCAAGAGAUGUGGCUCCCGCCAGCGAGGGUGCAUAUUGCGACUGAUGCGGACUCUACUGAAUGUACGGAGUUCGUAGUAGUGUAGGAUUAGUUUUGGAAGCAGGGUCGACUUCUCACAUGCCAAAUACGUGAAA